GUCAGGAGACACAGUUUGGAAUGCACAAAGUAAAGAGUAAAGACCACUGACAUAUAAAUCACAGCUUCUUUAAAAAGAAAAAAAAUCUUUAAAAAGUGGCAAUUAUGAUGAACACUGAAGACCAGGAAAAUGAGAUGUACAAUGGAUCAGAGUUUCAAGAUAAUGUGGAUGUUCAUCCUCUAUAUGUAAAGAUUUCCAGGUUUACUGUCAGAAAUGAACUGAGCUCUAGGUCUUAUCGACUGCCAGCAAUGCUUCUGGGGGCCCUAUGUGCUGUAUUUCUUUUUGUUGUAAUUGGACUGGGUUUUCGCAUUAACAGAGUGAAUGACAAACAUGGCAUCCUGUCUCUGAACUCAUCAAUUAUCAGCUCUCAGCUCGCUCAGCUACAGUCAGACCACAGAAACCUGACUGAGUCCAAUAAUGCACUUCAAAAGAAACAUGAUGAAGAUGUGAAAAAGAUCACAUCCCUGGAGAUAAAUUUGAAUGACCUAAAGUCACAAAAACAAAAAUUAGAGGAAGACAAAAGAAAACUGCAAUCUCAAAUUUCAAAUCUUGAAGAUAAUUGUGGCAGGUGCUUGCCUAACUGGGUACUGAUGAACAGCACAUGUUUUUACUUUGCUGUGUCUGUGAGGACAGGCAAAACCUGGGAUGCAAGCAGGGAUGACUGCAAGCAAAAAGGAGCUGACUUAGUCGUCAUAGAUUCAAAGGAGAAACAGGAGUUUAUAUCAGAGCGUUUACAUCAGUACCAAAUACGAUUUAGUUAUAGAAAUGGAUUUUGGAUCGGACUGAAAGAUGACCAUACAGAAGGGAUCUGGAAAUGGCUGAAUGAGACCACACUGACGGAAGGCUACUGGAUGGAUGGGGAGCCAAAUGAUGACAAGGCUUUAGAGGACUGUGCAGUUGUGUAUUCCACCACAAAUCCAAUGAAGACCUGGAAUGAUCUACCAUGUUCACUCCCACAAAAAUGGAUCUGUGAGAUGGAAAUAGAUAAAACACUCUAGAAUCAUGUUUUUGUUCUAUAGUGACAGUUAUAAUUCAUCAAAGAUAAAUCAACAAAAUAGCAUCAACAAUGAAUAAUCAAUACAACAAUAUAUAAUUUAACAAUAUUCAGAUCUAUUUUAAAAUAAGCACUUCCUUUUUUUUCACUAACUCCAUAAUUCUCUCAGAUUCUCUAUCUAAUCUGUUAAAAAAAAUGUGGAUGUUAUAUAUGUUGUACCUUGGAUGUAUGUUCCACAGGAAGCAUUAUUAUCUGACUUUAUUCUGUAUAUUGCAUAUCCUCAUAAUGACAAUAAAGAAGUGUACUUUACUAUUUUUAAGGAAGAAAAUCAAAUUGUAAUGAUUAAAAUGACUG